GCCUCUCGCAAAGUCGACAAAUUGUACUUGCGCCCAGCCCACUCUCCGCGUUACAGUCAACGACGAUCACAAUCCGCGAUCAAAUGGUACACCCGAGUCAAUUCGAGUCUCAUUAAAACACUUUCUACCAACGUUCUCGAGGCCAUGAAGCCGACCUCCGCAAAAGAAUCUUUCCUUCGGUUGUCUCCCGUAUGACCAUGGUUGUAGCGAUACCCGCGAAUCUUCAAUCCGAAUCUUGCUCGCCAUGCUCUCAGAGUCCUCGGUCAGCAGUCGCAUAUCACUUAUCUCGGUCGAUCCCGCAGUUGCCAGUCAUAUAACCGGUGGUUCGGGAAGUACAACCCUCCCGACAACAUCCCAUUAUGGCUCGAGUUCGAGAAAGGCUGCAAGAACUCCGGACAUCCAGAGGCUCCGUGGACAUGCUAGGAAUGUAUCUGCACCGAGUACGAUUGGGAAGAAGAGAUCAAAUUCUCUAAAGCGAGUCAAGAACAGUACCGAGGUGCUGCGGCAGCGCUCGAUCAGGUCGUCAAAAAGAACAAAAGAUCCGGAAGCAGCCUCAGAUAACCGGACGGGUCGCAAUUUCACCGUUGGCAAUGUAGGAACUGGAGGACUGCUAUAUCUGAAACCAUCCGCACGGCAUGGCCCUCCUCGCGCGCCUGCAUCCCAGGUGCCGUUGACCACGCCGGCUACAGCACCUGCUUUACUUGGAAAUAGACAUCAGAUUACGUCAAGCGGGAAACCAUUGUCGAAUCCUUCAGUCACCUCCCUUCCACGUUCGGCUUCUCCCGAUCGCUCGACCGAGUUUCUGGACAGAGGUGCGGCACUGUCGAGUCAUGGUCGCGCGCAAUCUUUCUCAACCGUGGAGGAAAGUCGCCAGUCGUUGUCUGCAGCAAAGUCCAAAACUGUCCGGAUUGUCAUUCAUAGGCCUGAGCCUGCGCGACCCAAGACGGCUCGCGGACCCGCGGAUGAGCAUGCCAAAGAGACUUUGCCCACAUUGGCGGUACCUAUCCCUCACUAUCGCAUAGGCAGUUUCCGCUUUAGCAGCCACGGUACACCUGUUCUGCGCAAUUCCUCCUAUACUGUCACACCUUCGGAUGUCACACCCACAGCGGCGACCUUUCAAGCUGACAACUAUUUCGGCGCGCCUCCAGCUUCGAGUCUUAGAGCAUUUGCUAGGCUCGAGGCUGCGCAGUCAGACCAAAGGAAAACACGGCCGCAUACUAAAUCCCAGCUCACAACGUCCUCACAAUCGAGCUCGAGCUCGACUUCCACUGCCGCUACUUCGAUUCAGCCCGAGUUAUUUGAUGAUCUGACUGCGAUAUAUGACGACCCUUCGGUUGUUCGGUAUACCCACAAUGUGAGGGAGAUCACUGCUGCCACGCCAGCCCGAAUCGUGGCGCAGAUAUCGUCCGACUCGUUCAUGGACUACGAACUUGUGUCUGAUUUCUUUCUGACCUUCCGAUCUUACAUGUCCACCUAUACCGUCUUGGAUCUUCUGCUUGCACGAUUACGUUGGGCUAUCGGUCGUUUGGAGGAUGAUGGACGCAUUAUCCGCGUUCGAGCUUUUGCUGCCCUUCGACAUUGGAUCCUAAACUAUUUUAUGGACGACUUCUAUGCCGAUCGUCGGCUGCGAAUACGCUUUUGCUCCGAGGUAAACAGAUUAUACGCCGAUGUGAGAGCUAGCCCAGAGAAUGGUUUUAGUGACCUCAAACUCUUGCGCGACCUAAAACGUUGCUGGAAUGGCAGAUGCUCGCUAUGCUGGAACCCAGAAGACUUUGAACUAGACGGUGACCAAGAGGAGGACAUCCAGCCCGGUGGGGUGGCUGAGACCAGGGACUCAUCCGUACCGCCAUUCGGGGUCCGACUCUUCGAUGAGCGCUCGGAGUCGCCACAGACGGAAGUCUUAAGAGGGCCAUAUCACAGCUGGUUUGAAGCUGACCCGAUUGGGGUUCAACCUCAAAUUCGUCAACAGACGACACCUCACGAUCAGAUCGCAGUUUCCCCAAUGAGCGACGGCAGCCUCCAGGCUCACUCAUGCUUCCCCACCAAAAGUCUUCGUCGCCCUUUCGCGGCUAUCGAUCCUGCAUCGCAAGGGCCACAUCCCGUGUCUGUUCAAUUCAGGCGCAAGAAUGCUCCAGCGAAUUUGCAGGUGGUCACCCAGCAGACUCUCGCACCUAGGUCCUUGGGUCACAAAAGAGGGGCAAGCUCGAUUGAUAGUAAUCGCGAGCCUACUCCACGGAGGGCAAGUGUUGAUACUCCGGCCUUUUUCAUUGAGGACAGCGAUAUCAUUCGUGGACGACUAUACAGUCCCAGCGCCCCGUUCGUGCAGAUUGUGACCUCAGAUUCGACACAAUCACUAGACACAACUACUAACGCCGUCCCAGCAGGAGCUGCCAGAAAGGUUCCCGGAACUCAUACGCCUCCACAGCCUGUCGCGCGAAACCUCUUUGGGUCGCUAAGAAAGGUCCUGGGGAAUAAGCACGGACAGAUUGACGUGGCAGUAUUAACAGUCUCACAGUCUGCACAAGACAUGCCGACACAAGCCCACAAAUCAUCAUUGCCUCUCAAUGUUUCGAAGUCACAUGAUGAGCUGCGAAGAAAACCUGGCACCCUGAUCGCAAGAAAAGGUGAAGUGCGCAUCGAUUUGCUGUGCGCGGCAGUCUGCCAGAACUACGAGACGAAAUUUCCCACAAAGCAUCAGGUCCACUAUAGUGCCUUGCUUCCGCGCCAGCAGCCUGAAUUCGAUGAAGAACAGAUGAAGACUCCACGGAUGGCUAGUCAUGCAACGGCUCAGAGUGGUUCGAUACUAAUCGUCGAUGAUACUGGCCUGGAUCUGCCAUCAAUGUCAGGCGCCUUGGUGGGAGCAGACCACGACCGGUUGGGUCUGCAGUCUGCAGCAGCGCCAGCUCUGAGCAUCCACGAGUCUGACAGUGACGACCUCUUGGAGCGUGGAGGUAGUGUCGAUGCCGUCGCCACUCAAAGAAGCUCAGAUGUGCUUGGUGACGUGAUGGGCCUACCAUCCGCAGAUGACAGCGAUGAAACCAUGGAGAAGGCUGUGAACAUCUACAACCUGGUCACGCAAGUCUCUAAAGAUGAGCUUGACACGAAGCAGGAGGAGGAAAGACCUGCUUCACCCAUCAUUGCGAGUCCAGCAACUGUUCGUGGGGUCGAGAAGUCGUUGGGAGGUCCUCAAACAGAAGUGCCCAGUGACGAAGUGGCCGAACUGACUUCCAGGACGGACCAAGUCGAUGUUGAAGAUCAAGAUUCUGAUGACUCUGAGUCGGAGGUCGAAAGCAAGGUACCAGCUCAUACCCUUAGGAGAAGGCCUGGAGGCGACCUCCGUCGGGCUGAGAAUGCCCAAGAUCUCGAUCAUACGCUCCGACAUGCAUCUAUCGAUACCGCCAGUGUGUUGUCCGAUUGCCCUGACGACUCUUUACUUAUUAUGCGCGCUCAAGCCCGGCGUCACUCGGAAAGUGGCCCUCCCACGAGGAAGCCAAUUUCGAUGAUCAACACGCACUCCUCUCAACACCUGCGUCCUUCCUUCGAAGCUGCGGUGGCCGGAUUCUCAGCUAUCCCAGAUGACGAUGAUGGUGGAUUGGAGGCCACACUGCUGAAAUUGGAGGGUAGAUAUGAGGAACAGUCACCGCCACUUGAGCAGUAUCCAGACGACAUGACUGAGAGGCGAAGAUCACUCCCGGAUCUCAGCAUCAGAUCUCGACAGGAUCCUGGCGAAGGUUUCUUACCAUCUUCUGACGCUCAUGAGGUCUUUGAUGGGCGAGUAGGACAAUUGAUUCGAGAGACGGUGGAGGAAGUCAAUCCAAAUGCAUCGUAUGAGGAAAUCCCCACUCGACAUGGCGACGCCGUAGGAAAGAAGGCCACAUCUUCUCGAAGAUCGUCAAUAUACGGUCUGCCCACGGAAUCUGUCAUUGACUCGGAAGACUCUUUUGGAUCCACGCCAUUGCUGAAACGCGAUGCAGCUCACGAGAGCUCUGCCCAGCCAGCGGCCCUGGAGCAUAGUGCACAAUCACCAACCAUUGCACCCGGUUACUUUCCACAGGAUCCUCCUCAGUUGUUUCAUCUGCCUAAAGGUCCUCCUCCCAGUGGCGCCAGAUUACGGCACAGCUACACUCGUCCAGAGACGGCAAAUGACAGUAAUCACUCUUUCCUCUUGGACGAGGACGAAAAUUUGUCUGAUCUUUCGUCGGAGAUAUCCGUCGAUAUCAUCAAUUACUCUGAAGUUGCAGGUCGGUCUAUCUCACCUAUGCUCGCGGCUCCUGGUACCGCCAUCUCCGGCCUUGAGAUACCUGCGCAUCCUUUGACAUAUGCUUCUGUCGUGAAUCUGCAGGUUCCUGACUUCGAUCCAAUUUCCGAAUCAGUACCACAGAGGAGCAAUGCGAACACGAACAAGCUACAAGCCUCGUCUACCGCACAUCAGUAUUCUCAAGCUCGUAAACUUUCCAUCUCUCAACAGGUACCAAGAAUGCCGGCCGGUCCGGCACACCUCCCCUUCGUUCUUGCCUGCGAUUCGCAACUUCUUGCCCAGCAGAUGACGCUGGUCGAGAAGUCGGCGCUGUGUGAAAUUGAGUGGAUUGACCUGGUAGAGAUGCGCUGGAACAAUAAAGCCGCCACUGUCCUGGAUUGGGUCGAUUGUCUGACCAACGAGUCGAUUAGGGGUAUCGAUCUGGUCAUUACCCGCUUCAAUCUUGUCGUCAAAUGGACCCUGUCGGAGAUUGUUCUCACUCAAGAUAUCCAUGAGCGAGCUCGCGUUAUCACCAAGUACAUCCAUGUUGCUGCCCAUGCUCGAAGGCUGCAUAAUUACGCAACCAUGUUGCAACUCACGAUAGCGCUGACAUCAACGGAUUGCACACGACUUACGAGGACCUGGGACAUGGUAUCAGCACCAGACAAGUCAUUGCUCAAACAUAUGGAGGCCCUCGUCCAGCCCAUCCGCAAUUUCCAUGAUCUCCGACUGGAAAUGGAAUCAGCCGAUCUCAGUGAUGGCUGUGUUCCUUUUAUUGGUCUCUAUGUCCACGACUUGACUUAUAAUGCUCAGAAGCCUUCUCAUAUCCCUGGUGGACGUGGGACGGAGUCUCUGAUCAAUUUUGAACGUUAUCGAACUACGGCGAUCAUUGUCAAAGGACUUUUGAGACUAAUCGACGCCAGCUCAAAGUACACCUUUGACCCGGUUCCGGGCGUCAUCGAACGGUGUCUCUGGUUGGCUGCACUUGCGGACGAUCGCAUCCGAGGUGCAAGCAAAGCUUUGGAGCCAUGAUGGAUUUAACGUUAUGGUAUAUUGGAUAAUCAGUUUUCUAUGGUUUGGUUUUAUCUUCCAGCACUUUCAGCGAUGGCGUUUUAUCAGCAGCGCAACCCGUUUUGGAUAUUGUCCAUACUUUUGGGGGACAUUGCA